GCGAAGCGCUGCGGGCGGCGGCGCGCCCGGAGCGGCGGCACCGGCAGCGGGACCCGCGCCAGCCCCGGGCAGAGGCGGUGGGGAAGGAUGUUUUCCUCGGUGAAGCCGUACGAGAACCAGCGCUACGCCUCUCUGAAGAAGGAGUGCCAGCGGCGGAAGCAGCUCUUCGAGGACCCGCUUUUCCCCGCCAACGACGACUCGCUCUUCUACAAGUCAAGGAUUCAGGGCAUCCAGUGGAAGCGACCCAAAGAAAUCUGCAAUGAUCCACGUCUCUUUGUGGAUGGGAUCAGCUCCCAUGAUUUGCACCAGGGCCAGGUUGGGAACUGCUGGUUUGUGGCUGCCUGCUCCUCCCUGGCAUCUCGGGAGUCUCUGUGGCAGAAGGUCAUCCCAGACUGGAAGGAGCAGGAGUGGAACCCUGAGAAACCCGAGAGCUACGUGGGGAUCUUCCACUUCCAGUUCUGGCGUUUCGGUCAGUGGCUGGAUGUGGUGAUCGAUGACCGCCUGCCCACCCUCCACAAUCAGCUCAUCUACUGCCACUCCAACUCCAGGAAUGAGUUCUGGUGUGCCUUGGUGGAGAAAGCUUAUGCCAAGUUGUCAGGCUGUUAUGAGGCCCUGGAUGGAGGCAACACAGCUGAUGCCCUGGUGGAUUUCACUGGUGGGGUCUCGGAACCGAUCGACCUGACCGAAGGGGACUACAUCGCUGAUGAAGCCAAGCGAAACCUCCUCUUUGAGCGCGUGCUGAAGGUGCACAACAGGGGAGGCCUCAUCAGCUGCUCCAUCAAAGCCACAUCAGCAGCUGACAUGGAGGCUCGCCUGGCCUGCGGGCUGGUGAAGGGCCACGCAUACGCGGUGACGGACGUGCGGAAGGUCCGUCUGGGCCACGGCCUUCUGUCCUUCUUCAAGUCGGAGAAGCUGGACAUGAUCCGCAUGCGCAACCCGUGGGGCGAGCGGGAGUGGAACGGCCCUUGGAGUGACACCUCUGAGGAGUGGCAGAAAGUGAGUAAAAGUGAGAGAGAGAAGAUGGGAAUGACAGUGGAAGAUGAUGGAGAGUUCUGGAUGACCUUUGAAGAUUUCUGCAAAUACUUCACGGACAUCAUCAAGUGCCGUCUGAUCAACACCUCCUACCUGAGCAUCCACAAGACCUGGGAGGAGGCAGUGCUACACGGGGCAUGGACCAGAAGCAGUGACCCCUUGAAAAACCGCUCCGGAGGCUGUAUCAACCACAAGGACACUUUUCUGCAGAACCCCCAGUAUGUGUUUGAUGUGAAGAAGGCGGAAGAUGAAGUGCUGAUCUCCAUACAGCAGAAGCCCAAAAGGACCAGUCGCAAAGAGGGCAAAGGAGAGAACUUGGCCAUAGGCUUUGAUAUCCAUAAGGUGGAGUUGAAUAGGAACUACCGGAUGCACACACUGCAGCAGAAGGUGGCCAGCUCCAUCUACAUCAACUCCCGCAGCGUCUUCCUGAGGACAGACCUGAAGGAAGGCCGCUACGUCAUCAUCCCCACCACUUUUGACCCUGGUCAUGAAGGCGAGUUCCUUCUCAGGAUUUUCACAGACGUGCCUUCAGAUUGCCGAGAGCUGACACUGGAUGAGCCACCACACACCUGCUGGAGUGGGAUUUGUGGCUACCCACAAGUAGUAUCCCAGAUCCAUGUCCUUGCUGCAGCUGGGCUCAAGAAUCAGGACUCCCAAGGAGGAGCUGAUCCUUAUGUGAUCAUCAAGUGUGAAGGACAGAAGGUUCGUUCUCCAGUGAAGAAGAACACAGUAUCACCAGAAUUCGAUGUGAAAGGGCUCUUCUACCGCAAGAAGCCAGGACAACCCAUCAUUGUUCAGAUCUGGAACCACAACUUGAUAAGCGACGAGUUUUUGGGCCAAGUGGUGCUCACGGGGGAUCCCAGCGACCGGCAGUCGGUGCACACGCUGCACCUCCAGGACAAGGGCAACAGGAGGUCAAACGAUCUCCCUGGAACCAUUGCUGUGAUGCUGCUUAGCAGUAACAUCCUCACUAAUGUCUGAGUACUCAAGGGUGACUCUUCUGGUGCCACUUAUGUGAAUAUAAACAUGCACAUAUACAUAUAUAUAUAGAGAGAGAGAAACACAGAGCCUACCUACCAUCUGCAAAGUGUAUAUGAACCAUGCAUGCAUUCCACUCCAAGGAGCCAAUCUUGUGUUUUCAAUGUUAAAAAAAUGGUGCCUU